CCUUACAGCCUGAAGGUCUUCACGAUGAAUGAGGUGGCUAUCAACAAGUGAAGGUCAAUCGUAAAGAUCGCUGAUUACAGAAGCUGGGACCACUGAUCACUGUUAUGGUCUGAAAAUGAAAGGAAAGUCAAGCUCCGAAAAUUCGAGCAACACCAGCACCUCACCAGCAAGGUUGAACGAUGAGUGGUCUACAUGGUGGGACAUGGGUGCAACCAUUGGUGUGUUAGCUGCGUAUGCAUCGUCUACCUCAAGUGCAUGUGGCGUGCAAGAUGGUCCGUUGCACUUGCAGGAGUUGACUGGGCGUCAAUGGGUUGCUAUUAACCUUGCUGACAGAGCUAUAGAUGGAACCCACAUUCCGGUGUCAGUCCCUGAGCACGCACAUGAUGAUUUUAUCAAUAGAAAGGGGUUCACCAGCCAGAAUGUCUUAGCUGUUUGUGACAUGGGCAUGAGGUUCACAUUUGUCGCUACGGGGAAGAAGGGUGCUAUGCAUGACACUGCUGUUUUGAGGGAGGCUUUAAACCAAGCUGAGCAUUUCCCUCACCCACCCCAAGGAAAGUACUAUUUGGUGGAUUCUGGUUACCCACUGCGUGAGGGUUAUAUGGCGCCAUAUCGCAAGGGCAGGUACCAUUUAUCGGAGUUUAAUGCCAAAGGUCCUGAGAAUUUGAAUGAAAUUUUUAACUACCAUCAUUCGUGCCUUCGGAAUGUUGUGAAACGAUCUUUUGGAGUGCUAAAGAAUAAGUGGCAGAUUCUAAGAGGUAUACCGUUAUAUAAUAUGGAGAAGCAAUCAAAGAUUAUUGUUGCAUGCUUUGCGCUACACAAUUUUGCAUUGGACAACAACGAACCGGGAAUGGUUGGUGCUGACAUGUUUGCUCAUGGGACCUAUCUUAGUAGGACAAGUGAUGAAAAUGAUCCUGCAUCAGAUUGGUUUGCUGCUACUGCCAACGAUGAUAUUAGUAAAGUUCGUGAUUGGAUUGCAGCGGGACUUUAUGGGUUGACAUGA